AAUCAUCCAAAGCAAGUCCGACAUUGGAAACAGCUGUUUUUUGCAUACAGGCCCCCCUCUCGCACGUAUCCUCGACAGCUGUUACAACUGCCACCCAAAGCAAAGUCCUAUUACUAUAUACACGUCAGUCAUAGGGAAAGAACGGGGCAAGAGGAUGUCCGGUUUCUCAACGUCUGUUGGUGCAGACGCCGAGGCAGGAUCUAGCCAUUAUGGGCGCAUGAUACAUGGUAGCGGAAGUGCCGAUUCGGCUUUCGGAUCCGAGGUGUUUCCCAGUGGACUAGCAGCCAGUUACGACAGCUGCCCUAGAGAAGAGCAUGAUUUCCAGAGGUCAAGAUCGGGAUCCUUUUCUGCUCGUUUUAGGCAGGCAGGCGGUGUCAAUAGCAUCGACAAUUUUGCCCGGUCAUGGCAGCGAGCUGCAUACUUUCCCGAAGUUCUACCCCGACGAUCCUCAUUCACGACAGCUGAAUCGGAUGAAGAAUGGGCUGCGGCGGCAAGCAAUACUUCACGAUCGCGUGAUCUCCUCAAUCAAGAGACCGGUCUUACAAGACCAUUACUGAGCAUCGACGGAGAAGCAGACGACAGUACUUUAGCAGGAAUUGACGAUUCAAGAAAGCGGACUUCGACUGCAGAUAUACUCGAACCAUCGCUUGGAACUUCAUAUGGCACAAUCUCUUCUCGCGUUAGCGAAGCCACGCGAAAGCAUGCCGUACAGUUCCACAGAGAGCAACAAACUUACAGCGAUGCGCCCGCGGAGCACAAUAGGAAGCUUCUACUUGUCAAGCAAGUGCAACACGAGGAUGGUACACGGGAGUGCGUUGUCGUCGGUCAAUCUACUGUUCCACAGACAAUUUUCAAUUCCGUCAAUGUCUUGAUAGGUGUUGGCCUGCUAAGUCUGCCAUUAGCUAUGAAACAGGCCGGGUGGCUCCUUGGACUGCUAUUCCUUCUCUUCGCGGCAGUCACGACAUCAUAUACAGCUAAAAUUCUUGCAAAGUGCCUUGACGUUGAUAAGAGCCUUGUGACCUAUGCUGAUCUAGCGUAUAUCAGCUUUGGCCACCAUGCACGCUUGGUGACAAGCCUCCUGUUCUGCUUGGAACUUAUUGGGGCCUGUGUUGCCCUUGUUGUACUCUUUGCAGACAGUCUACAGGCCCUCAUCCCCGGAUUGAGCAUUCUGCAGUGGAAAAUCAUAUGUGGGCUUUUGCUCAUCCCUCUCAACUUUGUGCCUUUGCGAUUCCUGAGUGUGACAAGUAUCCUUGGCAUACUUUCUUGUACAUCUAUCGUUAUUAUAACAUGCAUCGAUGGGUUCAUGAAACCAACCGCCCCAGGUUCACUUAUCCAACCCGCGAGAACAUAUUUAUUUCCCGACCAUUGGGCCACUAUUCCCCUCAGUUUUGGUCUUAUUAUGUCACCGUGGGGUGGUCAUGGUGUGUUUCCUAACAUAUAUCGUGAUAUGAGACACCCACAGAAGUACGGAAAGAGUCUCUGGGUGACGUAUAUCUUUACGUACUCCCUAGAUUGUGCAAUGGCCAUAGUGGGUUGGAUGAUGUUUGGUGACGGAGUUCGGGAUGAAGUCACCGCCAACAUCUUGCGGACCGAUGAAUAUCCACGAGCAUUGUCUAUUUGCAUGAUUAUAUUUAUCGCCAUCAUUCCAAUCACUAAAGUACCGCUAAACUGCCGGCCGCUUGUGGCCACAGUCGAAGUCCUUUGUGGACUUGGGUCUGGCCCUGAACUUGACACGGAUCACUCCAAAAGCAUGAAAUCGAUGCUUCAAAGAUUGACAAGAGCCACUAUACGCAUAUUUAUUGUGGCAACAAUAGUUUUUAUGGCAGUCCUUUUCCCCUCCUUUGACAGAAUCAUGGCAUUGAUGGGGUCAGCUUUAUGUUUCACAAUCUGCAUCAUAUUGCCGCUUGCAUUUCACCUGAAAAUAUUCGGCGAUCAGAUCAGUGGAGAGGAACGGCUGCUCGACUGGUUUCUUCUAAUAUUAUCAUCAGUAUUAGCACUGGUUGGGACUGCGUGGUCAUUCCUACCACAAGAGACCAUUUCUGCAAUGUGAUAACUCGGAUAAAGGGGCCCUU